AUGGACGAUGCUACAACCCCUGGAAGAAAAGGCAACUUGACUGGAAGUGCCAGAAAAGUGAAGGAUAACGCAGCAGACUGGCAUAAUUUAAUCCUGAAAUGGGAGCGUCUGAGUGACGAAGGAUCCUCCAUCGCAACCAAAAUAGUCAACUUCAGACUGAGCAAAGAUUCGCCUGCCAUUUGCAACUAUAACACUAUAACUGCAGUCACCAUGCGAAGUGUGAAGGACCCUGAGGUCAUGGUGGAAGGCCUGAUUUCAUCUGCAGCUCCUGCAGAUGAACAGACAUAUCAUAGCAACCCAGAGCUAGAGGAGGAAUGCACCAAACUACAGAAUAUUGUAGACAAAAUGAAGGGGAUAUGUGAACUGGAGACAUUUCAAUAUGGAGAGAAUGGAAGACCAACACCACUGUUUCAUACUUGGUCCACAAAACAGUUUGGUAAUCUACUGAUUAAUUUCAUUAAAAAGAUACUGACCUUUUAAUGGAAAAACACAUCAUGUGGCACCACAUAGGAUUCUUUGGUGUAGCU